AAGAUUUAGUAAUACCAACAUUGCGUUCUGAUGUGUGUUCUCUUUGUGUCGAAAUGGCGUCCGACGUUGUCGUGAAUGGAAGUGAGCGUGAGGUAUCAGAUAUUGAGCCCGUUCUUCAACUUCUAGAAAUUCAGAAUCCUUCUGACAAUGCAACUUGGCAGACACGUUAUGUCUUGUUGUCCAUUAUUGUGAUAAUUCCAUUAAACAUAUCUCGAUUAGACAGUUUUAAACCUGAGGACCCCGGGAAUGAAAGCCGAAAAACUGUCAUGGAAAGGAUUCUUAGUGCAUGCAAGAUAUAUGCACUUAGUAGCGACCUAUGGCAGAACAAUGACAAGUUUUCUGUUGGCUUGCGGUUGGCAGCUGUGUACUUGGGCUUCUGUCAUUGUGAAUGUUUAGAUCCUGUGUGA